AUGCACAACAGAUAUGAUCCCGCCGGACAAUCAUUUCUAGCUGCCUGGAAUGACGUAUUUAGAGUGAUUGACUACGGAACAAUUAUAAUUUUUUUUGCGAUAUUCCCAUUUUACGUGUACGUUCACAAAAUUAAUGAUGUGAAAGAUAGGGAAGCACUCGUUUUUCCGAUUACAAAUCACUUCUACAAAACAGUAGUUUUAAUGAUCAUUGGAUACGUUAUUGUUGUCCUACUGGUGUUGUUUCUUGCCACGAAUUCAAUACUUAGUUACAUCGGGUUUCUGUCAUUGCCUGCUUGGGCGUUGGUUAUUGUAACAUACCACUUAAUUGUGGAAGUGUUUCAUGUUCUAAUAUCUCUCCUUGCUAUAGAAAAGUUUCUCAUCUACUUUUUUCCAUCAUGGGAGAAAAAUGUGCUGAUUGUGCAAAAGUUUGUACAAAAAUAUAUACUACUACUGUACUUGGGGUGUUGUUUGAAGUAUGCGUUACUUUACGCGCUCGAAUCCUGGUUUGGUGGAGGAAGAGGUUGGGAAUUGUCGUAUGGUAUCUCAUACUACAGCCUAUACAUCUUACUGUUUAUAUCUGUACUCCUCUACAUCCCAGUUAUAAUUAGCGUUCGGAAAUUAUCCCAUUUACAAUCUGCUCAACUAAACAACCCACAACGAUACAUCAUGAUUCAAAUAAUCGUCGUAUUCAUUGUGAAGAUCGUAAAUAUCAUCCCAAGAAGCUUUGUGGCAUUUCUUUACAAAGAUCCAUUGUACCAGAUUCUAAUAGUUCCUUCCCUUUCUGAUAUUGUUGCAGUGCCACUUAUUGUACAAGUAUCGUAUUUGGGAAGUAACAAGAGGAACUGGAAUUUAUUGUUUAAAAAGUUCAGUUUUAUGAAAUUUGGAAAAGUUUUGUUAUUUGGAUAUAGCGACACAGAAGUAGUUCGGCCACUACAAUUGGAGUCAACCAUGUUUCCUCCGCGAUUUUAG